ACAACCUAUUAUGUGAAACACUUGAAGGAAAUCGCUGGGAGCUGCUAAGAACUUGCAGCUUCUAAUGGCGGAAGCAUUGACUGCAGCUGUCGCAAUAGGAUGGGGCAUGAAAGCCGCAGGGUGGGUCGCCUCGCCCAUCAUCUCCGACCUGUUCAAGAAAGCAUCCUCCUAUCUCGGCUUUGAUGCAUCGGAGAAGCUGACCGAGCUUGAGCCAAAGAUUUUAUUGCUGGAGCGGGUGAUGGGUGCGGUUGAGGGGAGCCCUUGCAGGCCUCGUUUGGAGGGGCUGUACAACAAACUUAAAUCUGCUUUCUACGAAGCCGAGGAAAUCUUGGAUGAUGUUGAGUAUUACCGUCUCGAGAAGAAGAUACAUGAUGACACGCUCAAGUCUGAGGUCGCUGGGCCUUCACGUCACUUGAAGCAUAUCUGGUCUGCCGUGAAGAGCUCUCCACUAAAACACAAGGUUAUCCAUAUGGUUUCCCAUUGGGUCCAACUUUGGGCUCUGCUUUCUCCGGUGGGACAGCGGGAUGCCAUGGCUACUUGGAUGCACACGGCUCCCGAUGGUGUUUGA